AUGGUGUGCAUUCCGUCCCUCGGCCAAAAACAAGAACAACAUUUGCUUACCCGUGCUAUUGUCUCAUACCAGACCAAUACUACUAGCAAUGGGACGACACUCCCAUUCAAGACCAAUAAGCCAAACAAACGGCCAAACACAGACGAGCGCCCCGCCAAUGAACGGGCCAAUAAACAAUCUAAGACAGCUGAGAGAGAUUCGACCUAUGUGCCUGACGAAGACGGCGAGGGUUCGGAAUUUUCAAGUGGCGAAGAUAUUGCUCAUGGCAUCUCGUUGAGCCCCGUGAAUGGUCGAACAAGAAGUUCGGCGAACUCCUUAGCAAAGAAUAAAGCCCAAGCAGUCGGCAUACAGCUGAUAUCUCAAAAUCCCAGGAUUGCCAUGAGCUCACAGACAAGUGCGUCGGAUAAGACAGCUCCGGAGUCCCCUAGCCGGGCUAGACAAACCAGGGGCACUGAGAGGGUCCUGGGCUCUGUUCAUAAUGGCAAGCCUGUAUCGACCACUGCAACGAUGCAAAGUGCCAGCCUGUCUAAAGCCAAUCCUGACAAACCCCCUUCUAAAGCUUUGCAGCCGCCACGGCCCAGUACGCAAAUAGAAAGUCUGGGUUCGGGCACGGCGCACGACCUGUUCUCCAGCAUGGUGAAAUCUAUUGCAGAUCACAAAAAGUCGUAUGAAUUACUGCCAAAAUUUCCUGAGAGACAAGGGAGCGAGCUCAUUAAGUGGGGUCUACUCGACUUGAUCUCUGAUGCUCAUUCUUACCAGGCCGCUCAGCCACUUAUUGAAAAGCAAACACGAGAGCUUCAGGAACUCAGAUCCGAGGUCGACACAUAUAAAAAGGGCCAGGAAUCCCUGGAAGCAGACCUAUCCAAAGCUAGUGGCGAGAUAGCCAAAUUAUAUCAACAACUCAAGUCAGGUCAAACUCAGAGCUGCAAAGAAUGUCGCCGACUGCAGGAGCGAAAUACGGCUCUGGAAGAGACGAUCAACCUGAUAAGAAAGCAAAUUCUCUCUGGUCCAGAAGGAAGACACCCUCCUAGCUCGUCGACGUCUACCGGAGUGGUAUCUGGUUAA